CUCGGGCUCUACAGAACUUUCUCUCUCUCCGUCCCGAGAUCUUUCUCGAUUGCCUUUCCUCGUUCCUCCUGCGAAACCCGAGUGAGUGGGAAAUAUGAUGCCUCAGCAUCAGAUCAAGGACCAACAUAAUGCUCUGGUGAUGAAUCAGAAGAUCAUGUCCAUCCUUGCCGAGAGAGACGCUGCCGUCAAGGAAAGAAACGAAGCCUUAGCUGCUAAGCAGGAAGCGUUAGCCGCUCGUGACGAAGCCCUUCAGCAACGUGACUUAGCUCUCUCGCAAAGAGAUAACGCUAUCAUGGAGAGGGAAAACGCCUUGACUGCUCUUCAACACCGUGAAAACCAUUUAAACUAUAUUCUGGAUUGUGCAAAGCGUGGUGGCUACCAAUCUUGUUUCAAUGAAGAAACCCACUUACCUAACCCUUCUCCGUUGUCAACUAUUCCACAUGAAUCACCCAACACCAGGUCCACCAAAAGGAAAAAAGAUACGCGGUCAAAGGGGAAGAAAGUGGGCGGGGAAGAUCUGAACAGUCAGCUUGCUUCUCCUGGGAAGAAAUGCAGGAAAGAUUGGGAAUGUAACGAUGUGGGGUUAAACCUUGUCACGUUCGAUGAGACGACGAUGCCAGUGCCAAUGUGUACUUGCACAGGGACUGCUCGUCAGUGUUACAAAUGGGGGAACGGUGGGUGGCAAUCGUCUUGCUGCACAACCACAUUGUCUCAGUAUCCGCUCCCGCAGAUGCCAAACAAGAGGCAUUCUCGGAUAGGAGGUAGGAAGAUGAGUGGAAACGUAUUCUCCAGGUUACUUAGCCGUUUAGCUGGAGAAGGGCACGACCUCUCCUCUCCGGUUGAUCUCAAGGACUAUUGGGCUAGGCAUGGCACGAAUCGCUACAUCAUUAUCAAGUAGCCAAGAUUUUUUAUGAACCUUUAUGUUAUAUAAGGUGUGUUUCUCUCUUCAUCCCUUUUUUUAACAGUUAGGUUCAAAAGACGGGUGAAAGAAUGAAAAGCUUAGUAGGCUCAUUGUUGUUUUUGUUGUCUAUAUAGUUCAGCUAAUGCCAAAUGUUUUAGUAGUCUUGUUUUUGACUUGGUUUCGUGUUUAUGUAAUUGUAAAAACAGUCUAGUGAAUGAUGUUGUCAUAGUUUAAUUUAAGAUUUGGAAAACC